AUGUAUCUAGUUUUCGAUGGCAAGGAAAGAGGGACCUUCAGAUCGGCUACAUGGGGAAGAGACUAUAAUCCUGACUUGUGCUUCACUAGUAGAAAUGGCUCUGGACAACCACUGCCUGCAAUUCGAUCUGUUUUACCUGAUUUUCCUCAUAGUCAGCACCCGCCUGUUCUCAUUGGCAUAGGCAUCCAGAUUCCCCUGAUUAACUCAGUGCAGCGACCGAGAUGGAACUUCUCUAAAGCAAGGUGGAAUGACUAUGCAAUGGAUCUUGACAAGUGUGUACGAUGGAUACCUGCCACCAAGGAUAGUUACCAGAGGUUUGUUGGUGCAGUAAUUGCAAUAGACAAGAAACACAUUCCAAGGGGAUACAGAAAGGAAUAUAUACCUGGCUGGAAUGAUGAAUGCAACAACCUCUACAAAAGAUUCAAAGAGAGUGGAAAUGGACGCAUUGCUGAGGAACUUCUGAAGGAGCUGGAUGGUGCAAGAAGAAACCGAUGGAAUAAAACAGUGGAAAGGCUUGAUUUUAAACAUUCUAGUCGACAAGCAUGGAGCUUAUUGAGAAAACUUGGUGCAGCUAGGAAGCCAACCAGGCAAGGAAUCGAAGUGGAGCCUGAAUUGGUUGCUGAGCACAUUAUUAGAAAUUCCAGGGUGAACCACAAUUUGGAGCACACUGAUGAGAUAAGAAGACAAUUGAAGAUCCUUAGGGAGAGAGUUAUGCCAAACCCACAUUUCUCUGCUCCAUUCAGUGCUGCAGACAUACACAAUGCUCUGAGGGACAUGAAAACUGGUAAAGCUCCUGGGUUCGAUGGAAUUCACCCCGAAUUCUUACUCAAUGCUGGGAAAAACACCAGGCGAUGGUUGAGCCGGUUCUGUUCAGACAUACUUGCCACUGGAAAGAUCGCACUGCUAUAA